AUGAUAAAGCGUGUUCUUUUACUCCCAGGACAAGGUAUAGACAUUUCCUAUAAAUCACUCAGCUAUAUAAAUGGCUUAUGGCUAGCAAGGCAACCCUAAGGAAAACUCUAUAUCCAAUUUGUUGGCAUGGUUGAGCAGUUCGAACAAUAUCCAUGGUGUAGUGAAAUCUUAGCCCAUGUAGACGAAGCUCUUGGUCUUCCAGUAUUUUCUAAUUAGCUUUCAAAAUUGAUGAAAGAAGGCCCUGAAUCUGAAUUAAACUUAACUGAGUUCGCCCAGCCAGCAAUCAUGGUCUCAUCAAUCCUCCAUUGAAACUACUUAAACCAAGCCCAUGGCAUCAAACCAACAGAUUUUGCAUACGCAUUAGGCCAUUCUCUAGGCGAAUACUCCGCUUGUGUCAUAAGCGGAGCUUUAACAAUUGAGCAAGGUGUAAAAAUUGCUUAUAUACGAGGAAAAGCUAUGCAAGAGUCAGUCGAAGGUCUAGCAAUCAGAAUGACUGCAGUAGCAGCUUCAGAAGAAACUGUAAGAAAUACAUUAAAUGAAAUAAAAAUCGAUGGAAUAUGUGAAAUCGCAGGAGUUAACCAUGACAAACAAGUCGUCCUGAGUGGGACCCGUGACAGUGUGGAUACAGUCACUAAUUAUCUAUUAGAAAAAUAUGAAAUUCCUGUGAAAUCUUUAAAUGUGUCUGCACCAUUUCACUGUAGACUUAUGAAACCAGCUGCUGAUAGAGUAAAAGAAGAGCUUGACAAGAUGGAUGUAAAGCCUUCACAAAUUCCGGUCAUUUCAAAUACGCAUUCUAAAGGAUUCACUGAUCCGCAAGAAAUUAAGCAAAGUUUGGUUGAUAAUAUUACAAAUCCUGCGAUGUUUUUGAGAGGAAUGGAAUUUGUGCUGUCAAAUGGGUCCAAUAUGUUUACGGAGGUAGGGGCGAAAAGAGUACUUUCUAAUAUCGUUACAAAAAUUAUGAAGGAUAGAAGUUUGGCAGGGCUGGCUCUUGAUAAUAAAUAA